UAGUCCGCUUGUCCCAAAGGCAUAAAUAGUGACUGUCAGGGUUCUGUGAAACUCCAGGUUCUAUCUUGAGCUACACGCGCUCGUGCCAAGUUGAGCUCAGCUCACCCUCCCCACGCCCGCGCUGCACCACCCGCCCAGCAGCGGUCCUUGCUGCCACCCAGACGCCCAUACUCAGCCCGGAGAGAGCUCACAGAGGUUGAGAAGAGCUCAGAGCCAGCAUGUCUGAGACCAGUAGUGCUGAGGGGCCCCAGGAAGCUGGAGUCUUCAAACUGGACAUCAUCUCUCCUGGAAAUGAUCAGAAGCUACAGGAGGACCCUGGUUUCUCUGAUGGCAGUUCCACGGAACCCCCGGGUCAGGGGAAGCCCAAAGGCAUCACGGGGUUCCAGGCCUUGGUUCACCUGGUGAAGGGCAAUGUUGGCACGGGACUCCUGGGACUGCCCCUGGCCAUGAAGAACUCAGGCCUCCUGAUGGGCUCACUCAGCUUGCUGGUCAUGGGUUACAUCGCCUUACACUGCAUGCACAUCCUGGUCCGAUGUGCCCAGCGCUUCUGCAAGAGGCUCAACAAGCCCUUUCUGGACUACGGGGAGACGGUGAUGCACGGGAUGGAGGCAGGGCCCAGUGCCUGGCUGAAGAAGCAUGCACUCUGGGGCAGACACCUGGUGGUCUUCUUCCUCAUUGUUACUCAGUUGGGGUUCUGCUGUGUGUACAUUGUGUUUCUGGCGGAUAAUUUAAAACAGAUAGUGGAGGCUAUCAAUAGCACCACCACCAACUGUCAUGUGGAUGGGCCCAUGUUGCUGACACCCACCAUGGACUCGAGGCUCUACAUGCUGGCCUUUCUUCCCUUCCUGGUGUUGCUGGUGUUCUUCCGGAACCUGCGUGUUCUGACUGUCCUCUCCCUGUUUGCCAACAUCAGCAUGCUGGUCAGCCUGGUGAUCCUCACCCAGUACAUCGUCCAGGACAUCCCAGACCCCAGCCAGCUGCCACUGGUGUCGAGCUGGAAGACUUACCCCCUCUUCUUCGGGACAGCAGUGUUCUCUUAUGAAAGCAUUGGUGUGGUCCUGCCCCUGGAAAACAAGAUGAAGGAUACCCGCCACUUCCCAGUUAUCCUCUCUCUGGGGAUGACCAUUGUCAUCCUCCUCUACAUCCUUGUCGCCACGCUCGGCUACUUGCGCUUUGGUGAUGAGAUCAUGGCCAGCAUCACCUUAAACUUGCCCAACUGCUGGUUGUACCAGUCGGUGAAGAUCCUGUAUGUUCUGGGCAUCCUGUGCUCCUACACCUUGCAGUUCUAUAUCCCAGCUGAGACCAUUGUCCCCUGGGCUGUUUCCAAGGUGCCCCAGCGCUGGGCAUUGCUAACAGACCUGGGCACCCGCCUAGUCAUGGUCUGUCUGACUGGUGUGCUGGCCAUCCUCAUCCCCCGCCUGGACCUAGUGCUGGCCCUGGUGGGCUCCGUCAGCAGCAGUGCCCUAGCUUUCAUCAUCCCACCCCUGCUGGAGAUCACCACCUUCUACUCUGACGGCCUGAACCCCUUCAUCAUUGUCAAGGAUGUCCUCAUCAGCAUCUUGGGCUUCCUGGGUUUCGUAGUAGGCACCUACCAGGCUCUGGAUGAGCUGAUGCGGCCACAACACCCCCUCACCUUCUCCAACUCUACUACUUUUCUUCACUGAGAGCAGCACUAUUAUGCACCUGCUAGUUCCUGAUUCUUCCCCUUUACUGUAUAAAGGAGGGGUCAGAGGACUGUUUUAUGUGGUGCCAGAGUUUGAACCCAGGGCAUUACCUACUCAAGGUAUGCACUCCACUGUUGAACUACCACUCAGGCCCCACCUGAUUAAGGAUAAGGGAUCUCUUUCAUGUUCAUUUUCUUUAUUUUGCUACUAUAGCUUUUCUCUGGGUCAGGUUAUAGUCGGACAAGCAAAUUGUUUACCCAUGACUAGGUCUAAAUGAUAAUUUAAGUUUUUGGUUUUGUUGUUUAUUUGUUUUGUUUAUAUUUCUUUUCUUUCCUGCUCUCCUAGUUGAGAGCUCUUGAUUCCAUCCAACUUCAUGGCAAAUAGCUCAAGUGAGGCUAUGCAUGAAGUAGCCACCAGGGGGCACCCAAGUGGCCGCACCCUCAAAAGAGUUGUGAGGGGACAAAGUGUUUCCCUUUUUCCAAAACUAUUCCAAGAAAAAAGAUGAAGGAUGGGCAAAACUCAUAAGCCAGCAACUAUGCAAGUUUUAGUGUUGGGAUGAAUAAAGCCAAGAGGUCCACGGUGAGCUGCAACUGUCAGACAGAAAGGAACCAGGCUAUAAAGUCGAGCAUGGCUCACUUUCUCAGCAGCUGAAGUUUUUUGCACUUUGUUGAGACCCACAGACGGGCAGAAGGCAUGUGCCACUGACAUUAUUUGACAAUAUUUGCCUCUUAGUUCUUGUACUAGUCAUUCUUGAUGACUAAUUAUGUGCUAGGCAUGGUUUCAAGCUCUGGGGGUAGGCUUGCAAGUUCUUCAUGAUUAUGUGGCUUUGCAACACUGGUUCCUUCAGGAGCUACAGUCUACCCAGGGAUGAAGCUCAGUGGAAGCAUGCAUGUCUCAUGCAGGGGGCCUAGGUUUAAUCCCCAGAGCCAUAAAAAACCAAACAAACAAAGCAAAAUCUCUAUCUCUACCCUAUAGGCCCAAUCUUGGAAUGGGCACUCAGGGAACAAUAGUGCAGGUUAGUGGUGUCUGUGCACUGGGCAUUCCUGUCUUGCUACUCUGGGAUAUGGACAGUAGUUAGACUCUGGAGGACAAAGGAGACUUCCAGGCAGGUCAGCCUGCACAUCAGCUGGCUUGCUGGCUCUCAGACACAUGAGUGGAACAUCCCAGAUGAUACCCGGACUGAGAGCCACCCAGAUGACUCACAGGACUUUGAAGAAAAACAAUAAGUGCUAUGAUUGUGAGUCCUUGGUGUGGAGUUUCUAUGCAACAAAAGAUGAUUGGGAUGUCACUAAAAAAGAGAAAGCACUAAUGAGAAAGAAAGGAAUCAGGUCCUCAUUUAGACCACAGUUAAAUGUUGGAAAAGAGAAAUGAAUUUAGCAGCACAAUGCACUAUAAUUGUCAGCAUCUCUAAAGACGGUGGGAGUUGUGUCUGGGUGAUGGGGUUAUUAAAAACCUUUUAAGUUGUU